UUCUUCUUUUCUUCAAUCUACACGUGUGCUCCAAGUCCAAAAGCAAUGAGCGCGUCGAAGCCCACCCACCUGCAGUUUGACGGACCCCGCGGCGAUCAGUUUGCAGCCAUCUCGGCAGACGGCCGCCUGCGCGUGUACCGGCAGCUGCAGGGCCUGACGAGCGACCUGCUCACAUUCACGGAUGCAUCGCGGCUGGCAGACCCAGUCACUUGCAUUGCGCUCGGCACCACCACCACCACCACCGCAGCCGCAGCCGGCUCGAGCGACGAGACGGGCAAGAAGAACAAGAAGCGACGCGUCGAAUCAGCCACUGCCGCCGCUGCUGCUGCUCCAGCUGCACUCUUGGCGUACGGCACUGCGUCGGGAUCCGUCGUCAUCUUUAGCAUCCAGGAAGGCGCUAUUCUGCACACGCUUGCUGGCGCAGCAGCCGGCUCGGCGUCGUCUGCUGGCAGUGCCGCUCUGACACCGCACGCAGACCGCGUCAACUGCCUUGCGUGGCGCGAGGACGGCGAAACUCUCUUCUCUGGCUCUGCAGACAAGACCAUCAUUGAGUGGAAUGCGCGCACGGGUCAGAUGGUCAGCAAGUGGAAGGCCGACAAGCUCGCCGUUAACGCGCUUGCCUACAGCGCAGAAUCCGGCACGCUUCUGUCCGCCGGCCGAUCCAUCAAGCUGUGGGACUUGGCGACCAAGAAGGAAGUCAAGAGCUUUACGGGCCACGAACACAAUGUUACCGCUCUCGCCUUCUUGCCAACGACUGCCACCGGCACUCCUCCGCUGUUUGUGUCCGUCGCUGCUGGCGAGCGUAUGAUUAACGUCUGGGAUCCUUCCUCGCAAAGUGCUGCCGGUGUUUCGGUCGCCCUCGCAUCGCUGACUGCCAAGAAGGCCGUCCCGCUGAACGCCAGCUGCUCCCGUAUUCAAGAUAACUUUUACAUUGCCGCUCCUUGCGACGAUGGCGUUGCACGAGUCUGGUCGUUCCCUGUCGAUAAGCGACCAUCCAAGCCCACAGUCAUUUCGGCCGUCAGCACCAUCCAAUUCAAGAACAGCAACGUUAGCCUCGCCAACCAGCCAGUACCAAUCUUUGCCGCGACUUUUGCCGAGUCGACCGACGCUCGCGUGACUGUCUGCCGCGACACACUGAUCAAGCCUUCCUUCGAGGCCGUGGCCUUCCUUUCAGAGCAAAACGUUGCGCAAGAGAAUGUGCUGUUGAGUCGCGAUGUUACCGCCGGCUUGUUGCUCGAUUCCAACCGAGAUGCCCGCGCAUCUUCGGGUGCCGUCCAACAGAACGUCACCGUUGUUUCGAGUGCACCAACAGCAGACAAGUCUGCCAAAAACGCCAAGGCCAAGUCAUCGGGUGCAGACGACGAGGUCACACUCGAACAGCAACUCGACACACUACAGCUGAACAGCGGCCUGCAACAACAACUGCAACAACAACAGAGCGGCGGUUUGAGCGGCCGAGCUCCGCCGAAAGCACAUUCGCUGGUGCAAAUGCUCGUGCAAGCACUGCACAGCGGCGACAACCAGCUUUUGGAGGACUGCUUGAGUGUCUCGAACGAGGCAGUCAUUCGCAACACGAUGAAGAAGCUUCCCGCAUCCUACGUCAUCCCCUUCCUGACCCUAAUUGUCGAAAAGUUCCAGGCCAAGCCCAGUCGCGGCCUGACCCUGCUCAUCUGGAUUCGUGGCUUGUUGCUCGUGCACACGGCCUAUCUGAUGACCGUCCCCAAUCUCGUUGAGGCGCUUUCCGGCUUGUAUCAACUCGUCGACGCUCGGCUGUCCGUUUUCAAGAAGCUCCUCAAGCUUUCUGGUCGAUUGGACUUGAUCAUUUCUCAGAUUGCUUCGCGCGCUCAAGUUGAGGUCGGCGAUAACGAUAUCGACGAGGAACUUACACGGCCUCGCACUGUUUAUCAAGAAGACUCGGAAGAAGAAGGCGAGCUUGCUGGCGACGGCGCCAUGGACUUUGACGACCUCCACGACAGCGAUGAGGACGACGACGACGAUCUGCUCGACGAACAACGGUCUGGCCGCCGCGCUGCGGAAGAUGUCGAGGCCGACGACGACGACGACGACGAUAUGGACGAGGAUGACGAUGAUGAUGAUGACGAUGACGAUGAAGAAGAAGAGGACGAGGAAGACGACGGCGAUGAUGCGUCGGACGACGACGAGUAAAAAAAAAACAAACGCUGUCGAAGCCCUUUUGCUUUUUUUUUUCUUGUUAAAACACAAACAAACCCUUUCUGAACUUUUCUUUUUUUUUGAUUUGAAACCUCAUUUUGAUCCGUCAAUGAAAUGCACACCUUUUGAUAACCAUGCAAAUGCAUCCCAAGUGACUGAAUUUAGCAUUGAAACUCACUCAUCUUUGC